ACAUCAUGAAAUGUGUUUGAAUGUCUAGUUAUUUUUUUAACUUUUCCUUUCCUUUUUACUCUCUCUCUUCCUCACAUCUCUACUUCUCUUUCUCUCUUUCUCCUUCUCUCUUCACUCCCCUCUGUCUGCAAGUGCCCCCUGCAUCAUAGACAAUCAGUCAGCCUUUAAAAAUUCUUCUGGUUCCUAACUUGUAAAUACAUCUCUGUAUCUCUUUUUGUUAAUUAAUCACAUUGCUGAUAAACAAUUUAUCUUUGGUUCAUCCCCUGUAUCAGCAUUAUUGAAACCUUAUUCUUGACCAAAUUUUAUCAUCGCUAUGAUGACCAGUUGUUGACUUCCAUAAAACUCGUUCAAUCGCCAUGUCCUUGUAAUUGCAAAUUUUCUUUCCCUGUUCUCUAACAUCCAUUCUUAAAGUGUUUCCUCAUUUUAAAAUUAAUCUUUCACUGUGACAAUCCAUUUUUAUUCACCGCUAAAGGCAUUUGUAUUGUUUACAUAGGUAGUGAUCAAUAGUUAUGCUGAACGUAUCUAGAUAAGAGUUGAAGGAUUUAUUGAUCUCUCUUAAUGGAUAGUGGUUUACAUUGAAUAAACUUUACCUGUAGUUACAACAAAGGUUUACAACAUGAGUGACACAAGCUCUGAAAAAGAUACCUUUAUUGCUGGUCCACGAGUUGUUACCAUUCACAAAAUUGAUUCGGGAUUUGGUUUCAAUGUAAGAGGACAAGUUAGUGAAGGCGGACCAUUGCGUAGUAUUAACGGUGAGCUGUAUGCACCAUUGCAACAUGUUUCAGCAAUUUUGGAAGGUGGGGCGGCUGAGAAAGCGGGUGUUCGUAAAGGUGAUCGUAUUCUAGAAGUGAAUGGUGUUAACGUUGAAGGAGCGACUCACAAAAGAGUUGUCGACCUCAUCAAAUCAGGUGGUGAUACAUUGACAUUGACAGUCAUCUCUGUUACUCCGAGGGAAGCUGAGAAACUGGAUCCAGGAGAUGAUGUUUCUGCCUUUACCUAUUACGAUUACAGCGAGAAGAGAUCAUUACCCAUAUCUAUACCCGAUUACAACUACAUUGAGCGAAAUGGCCAUAAAUUUGUUGUGUUCAACAUUUACAUGGCUGGAAGACAUUUGUGCUCAAGAAGAUAUCGGGAAUUUUCAAAUCUGCACAAUAGCUUAAGAAAAGAAUUUCAAGAUUUCCAAUUUCCUAAAUUACCUGGUAAAUGGCCAUUUGCUUUAUCUGACCAACAACUUGACGCUCGAAGACGAGGGUUAGAGCAAUAUUUAGAAAAGGUUUGCGCUGUACGAGUUAUCGCUGAAAGUGAUCUUAUGCAAGAAUUUCUUACCGAUUUUGAUGAUGAACGAGAAGGAAAUAUUGCUAUGGUUGAUCUAAAGAUACUGCUUCCCGAUAGAUCAACCAUCGUUGUAACAGUACGCAAGAAUAGUACAGCAGCUCAUGUACUCAAAUCUGUGAUUGAAAAGAUUAAUUUAUCACCCAAAGUAUCACCUUACUUUGAUUUAUUUGAGAUUGUCGAAUAUGGUUUUGAACGAAAACUUCAGUCUAAUGAAUUUCCUCAUAAUUUGUACAUUCAAAAUUAUUCAACCGCAACGUCUACAUGUCUUGCAGUUAGAAAAUGGCUUUUUUCAAUUGAUAAAGAAAUCGAGCUGAGUGAAGACCCAUUAGCCGAAAGUUACUUCUACUGGCAGGCUGUAGAUGAUGUCAACAAAGGACAAAUCAAACCUGGUAAUCAAUUAUACGAAUUAAAAGCAUUGCAAGAUUAUACUAAAAGAAAAGAGUAUCUCGCUCUAGCACGACAACUUGAAGGUUAUGGUGAAAUUUCUUUUCCAUAUUGUAUAUGUGAUGCCCGUAAAGUUGGUCAUGUAAUUGCUUCAAUUAGUUUUAACAGUCUUAAACUUCAAGCUUGUAAAGAGGAUGGCACAGCUGAGACGCAAGUCAUUGAGUUUACAUGGGAUCAUAUUAAAUCAUGGGAGAUAGACGAAGAAGGACUAUUUUUUGCUUUUCAAUAUUGCCGACCAGAUAAAAAGCCUCGGCUAAUAAGGAUACAGACACCUUAUUUUGUUUUCAUGUAUGACUGCUUUCAAAGGAUCCAUGAAGAACUUAAUGCAUUAUCUAGUGAAUGAUAUCGAUUUGUGUUUUAAAUUACCUGCUUAAAAUCAACAUCUUCUACUGCAUAUCCCCAAAACUAGCCAACUAUUGGACGGAAAAUCAACAAAAUAAUCAACUUCAAAAGUGCAAUGUGAAUACAAGUAAUCAGGGCAAAUUUUUAUGUGAAGGCGAGUGCCAUACUUGAAUCUAAUAAAACACCAAGAAAAGAUGCGGAGUUCAUCUAUCUUCACCCUUUCAUCUUUAAUCUAACUUCUACGAAUGUCCAAUUGAACCCGGUCUAUUUCAUGUUUAUGCACAAGUUUUUCUCAAUUUUCUCAGAAAACUCCCCAUAUUUAUCUAUAUUUUUGCCCUAAUUUAAUUAUCAUUCCUUUUCUUAGUUUCCUUUCCAUACAAUUUUUUCGCCUUUUUCUUUUUUGUUCAACUUUACACAUCUUUAAACGUCUACAAGCAAAAAACGAGUCUUGGAACUGUUAUUGAUCAAUCAACAUAUCCAAGAUAAUGUUUUAUCUGCACAUUUUUCUCCAUCCAACAAAGCAAAGAUUCACUUUUCUAUGGUUUUACUCAACGUUACUCAGAACAGAAAAUCUCCUUCGCCAAUCUACUCCAUUAUUCUGUUAUCACUAUCAGAUGAAAUUCACGAUUAUAUCCAAUGUGAUUAUAUACAGUGCGUGUGUAUCUAUGUAUGGUAUAUGUAUAUACACUCUCCCACACACACACACAUUAUUAUUUGCCUGUAGGCAAAUCUAUUCGCCAAUCGUCAAACAAAAAUGCUAAAUUAACAAUCCUAAGAGUCUCAUAAUUUGGUUAAACUAAGAAAAUUCAAAAUAUUACUCACCUUCCAACAUACUCAAAAAAUAUCUAUGAGCAAGACAGUUUUUACCUAAUUUUUUUUGCUGAUUUGAAUCUGUUUCAAUUCUUCUUUUUUCUACGUCUCUUUCAUUAUUUACUUUUUAUCCCUUUCAUUCUCUUUCUUUUAUAACUUUCCCUAUUCAUUUUCACUGUUAAACAGAUAAUCUUAAACAAUUGUUCGUCUAUCAAAGGCCAUAUUUUCUUGGGAUUGGAACUACGCAAAGCAAAAUAUCAAGCAACAGGAUUAAAGAUAGCACCAAAAGACAUGAAAAAUAUUAAAUUAUGUAACAUCUUAUGAAAUAAUAUAUUCUUCGUCAAAGGUCUAAUCAAUUCCAUGAGAAGCCUUACCCGGUGAUAAACUGUUGUCUCUUGUAUUAUUUUAUGUUGCUCAUCCUUUUUGUUUUUAUGUUUUGAUGAUUAACAUCACCUCUGCCCUUUAUUUUAGAAAUAUAAAUGUUUUAAAAGGAUAACAAACUGGUUCAAUCAAUUUUGUUUAUAAUUUGAAAGAUGAAAUCCUUUCAAUCAAAUGAUUGAGUGAUUAUUGUAAUUGAGAACCAAGAAACUAAAUGAGAAGCACACAAUUAUGUUUUUUGCUGAUUUUAAUCAAUUGUAAAAGUUUUUAUUUUCAUCUGAACAUAAAUUCUUUAUGCCUAA